AUGGAACGGCCGGGGGAAGGAGGCGUUCAUGUUUCACUUUGUUCUGCUUUCCCUCGUGCGGAGGCUCUGGGGUCACGAGUCCUGGGGAAAUCCGGGCCUAUGAUCGACCCUUCUUGCUCUGUGAUCCAAAGCUCCAUUGACUUCGAUCCCGUGGUUACAUCGGCUUGGCGGUUGCUCGCGGUACUGAAAUUGCAUAUGACAGCUAAUGGACGACUGGUUAAGCUUGAGGAAUGCUUGGCUCGAGUAUCAGGGUCCAUCGGCUUCAGCAUCCGUGAUCUACUUCACUCCCGCCCACCACAACGGCUUUAG